CACGAACAGAGCACGUUGUUUCAUUGUUUCGAAUUGUUACGAAAAAUAAUUUUUAAAAAAUUUCAUUUCAUUUCAUUGUUUUCAUUCAAUUCAUUUUCAACCAUUCAUUCAUCAUGUUGAACAUUCAAAGUCGUUCGUUGAAUCCGGUCAAUAUUUUAAAAACCGAAGCUGAUGAAGAGAAAGCCGAGACAGCACGUCUUUCAUCGUUUAUCGGUGCUAUUGCUAUUGGUGAAUUGGUCAAAAGUACUUUAGGGCCAAAAGGUAUGGAUAAAAUUCUAUUGAACGAAGGACGAAAUGAAGGAAAAGUUGAAGUAACGAAUGAUGGUGCCACCAUAUUGAAAUCGAUCGGUGUGGAUAAUCCGGCCAGUAAAGUUUUGGUUGAUAUUUCUAAAACACAAGAUGAUGAAGUAGGUGAUGGUACCACAUCGGUAACCGUAUUGGCAGCCGAACUUUUACGUGAAGCAGAAAAAUUGAUUGAAAUGAAAAUUCAUCCACAGACAAUUAUUUCGGGUUGGCGUAAAGCUGUUGAUGCAGCCCGAUUGGCGUUGGAAAAAUCUGCACAAAAUCGUAGCGACAAUGUCGAUCAAUUUCGUUCGGAUCUUAUGAAUAUUGCCCGUACAACAUUAAGUUCGAAAAUUUUAUCCCAACAUAAAGAUUUAUUCGCUAAAUUGGCUGUAGAUGCUGUUCUUCGAUUGAAAGGAUCGGGUGAUCUAAAUGCUAUACAGAUAAUAAGAAAAUUGGGGGGUCGACUAAGCGAUUCAUAUCUGGAAGAAGGUUUCCUUCUCAACAAAAGACCCGGAGUGAAUCAACCAAAACGAAUUGAAAAAGCUAGAAUUUUGAUUGCCAAUACACCGAUGGAUACUGAUAAAAUCAAAGUAUUUGGUUCACGUGUCAAAGUAGAUUCGGUUGCUAAAGUUGCCGAAUUAGAAUUGGCCGAAAAAGAAAAAAUGCGUGAAAAAGUGGAUUUGAUUCUGAAACAUAAUAUCAAUGUAUUUAUCAAUCGUCAACUUAUUUAUAAUUAUCCCGAGCAAUUGUUUGCCGAUGCUGGUGUCAUGGCCAUUGAACAUGCCGAUUUUGAUGGCAUUGAACGUUUGGCUUUGGUUACCGGUGGUGAAAUUGUUUCAACAUUCGGCAAUCCAGAUCAAGUGAAACUUGGCCAAUGUGAUCUUAUUGAAGAAGUUAUGAUUGGUGAUGAUAAAGUGUUGAAAUUUUCGGGUGUACCAUUAGGUGAAGCUUGUACGAUUGUUAUUCGUGGUGCAACACAACAAAUUUUAGAUGAAGCUGAACGAUCAUUACAUGAUGUCCUUUGUGUCCUUACUCAAACCGUUAAAGAUUCACGAAUCAUUUAUGGUGGUGGAUCCGGUGAAUUGUUAAUGGCUCAUGUUGUAACACAAUUAGCCGAACAAACACCUGGAAAAGAAUCGUUUGCAAUCGAAUCAUUUGCUCACGCUCUACGACAAUUGCCCACAAUUAUUGCCGAUAAUGGUGGUUAUGAUAGUGCACAAUUAAUUUCCGAAUUACGUGCCUAUCAUUCACAAGGUAAACAUACUUAUGGUCUAGAUAUGAAUGAAGGGCGUACAGCUGAUAUGAUUGAAUUGGGUAUCAUCGAACCGUUUGUUGUCAAACGACAAGUAUUGAUUUCAGCAGCUGAAGCAGCCGAAAUGAUUUUACGUGUGGAUAAUAUUAUCAAAGCAGCACCGCGAAGACGUGAUGUUGAUCGUCGUGGUCAUUAAAUGAAUGAUUUUAUUGAUUAUUAAAAAUGUAUUGCUUUUUUGAAAUUUUUAAAAGA